GGGAGCUGGCGCGGCAGAUCAACCCCGCGCUCAGAGAGAGACAGACUUGUAGACUGGCUCUGCUCCACUACCAGUAUCAGUGUUGCCAGUUACUCAGUGUUCGCCCAGAGACUUUGGCACUUGGCUGUUAUCUACCACCUCCCAGUGACACUCUGACCCUCAAGUGACCGCGUCCUUGGCACCACCUGGAAAUAUACCAAGGAAAUAACGCUGGAGACGGAGAACCGGCAGAAGCCCCAGCACCGCCAGUUCGUAGUGCACCCCUAAACGGUUCCCCUCCUGUUCGGUUCUUCUCCAACCGCCACCAUUCACCCCACAUCUCUGCCGCCACCCUCCAUAGGGACCCCCUGCCCUUCUCCCGCAGUAGCGUUCCAUCCCUCAAACCCAACACCAUGAUCGCCACUGACAUCCGCAGAGAGUCACUCAAGGCUACCAAGAGCGUCCUCGGUUCACUCAACACAGCGAUAUCGGAUUCGUUCGCCCACGGAAUAGGGAACGACAUGAGACUCCGGCUGAGUUGGCUGCGUCGCCGGGGAGACCCCCAAGGCAGCGUGAGGCCAAUGCCGGAAGAAGUACAAGGAUGGGCUGAGAGUUUUCACAAUCUUAUGGCAUCUAAAUAUGGACAGGCGCUGUUCAAGGCCUUCCUACAACGGGAAUUCAGUGAAGAGAACGUAGAAUUUUGGCUAGCCGUCGAGGAUUUCAAGAAAACUCGAGCAGCUAAAAUGCCCUCCAAGGCUUCCAAGAUCCAUUCCGACUACGUGGCGGUCCAGGCUCCCAAAGAGAUCAACCUGGACCCCGGCACACGCGCCCAGAUCGCGAAGUCCCUCGACUGCCCCGACAAGUACAUUUUCGACGCGGCGCAGAAGAGGGUUCAGGCGCUCAUGGAAUCUGACGCGUACCUUCGCUUCCUCCAGUCUGAGCUGUACAAGGAACUGCUGCACCCGGACUCCUCGCUCUCUAACCCUGAGGCGUUAUAGGCCCCGAGGACCCGCGUGCCGGCCGGGAGGCCCCCCCUCACUUUCUCCCUUCCCCCUCCCUCCCUCCCGCCACUCAAAAGAUGACAUGCUGUGAGAUUGUUGACUUAUGAUGUAUUUAAUAAUUUAUGAUAGAUUUUUGUAUUUAUUACGCGGUGAAGUAUUCUUGUACGGGGAGGCUUUAUGUAAAGUUGAUGGAAGAAU